GUGUCGGCGUUCGCCAACUUCCACACUUGCUGCUGAGUGGAGGGGGUUUGGUGGGAGCCAGAAUGUCACACACACGACCAGAUCUGUAGACAAUCCAGUGAAAGUGAAGCAGAUAAACAGCAAACGAGGAUUGUUUGUUUUGUUUUGUUUUGUUUUUCUGUGCACUGUUUAUUACUGUAUUUUUUUUACAUUUGAUUCCAGCGCGCGCUCCAGCACGAGACAUGAACGUGAACGAUGCCAAGGAGUAUCUCUCCAGGAGAGAAAUACCCCAGCUGAUGGAGAGCUUGCUGACGGGACUGAUGUAUUAUCGGCCGGACGAUCCCAUCGAGUACAUGGAGUCGUGCCUGAAGAAGGUGCGAGAGCUCGGCGGGACUGAAAAAGUGAGGUGGGACACUUUCGUAGGACAGGAGAAGAAGUCCCUGCCACCGCUCAAUGGAGGGCAAUCGCGACGGUCUUUCUUCCGCAACGUGUUACCCGACAGAUACGAGCGUCUGCCGCCCAUCCACCAGUUCUCCAUCGAGAGCGACUCGGACUUGUCUGAAACAGCAGAACUGAUUGAAGAGUACGAAGUGUUCGAUCCGUCCAGACCGCGGCCCAAAGUCAUCCUCAUCAUCGGUGGCCCGGGCAGUGGUAAAGGCACGCAGAGCCUGAAGAUCGCGGAGCGCUAUGGCUUCGAGUACGUCUCUGUGGGUGAAUUGCUGCGAAAGAAGAUGAUCCACAAUGCAACCAGCAACAGGAAGUGGAGUCUGAUCGCCCGGAUCAUUACUAACGGCGAACUGGCGCCUCAGGAGACGACAAUCACCGAGAUCAAGCAGAAGAUCAUGAAGCUACCGGACGCCAGUGGAAUAGUCAUCGAUGGCUUUCCUCGGGAUGUUGCGCAGGCGCUUUCUUUUGAAGACCAGAUUUGUACUCCAGACCUGGUGGUAUUCCUGGCGUGCUCUAACCAGCGUCUAAAGGAACGUUUGGAGAAGCGAGCGGAGCAGCAGGGACGGCCGGACGAUAACCCUAAAGCCACCGAGCGACGCCUCGCCAACUUCAAACAGAACACAGUGCCACUGGUUAAGUACUUCCAGGAGAAAGGCCUCAUCGUCACGCUGGACGCAGACCGAGACGAGGAGGAAGUCUUCUCAGACAUCAGCAUGAUGGUGGACAACAAGCUUUUCCCCACCAAAGAACCUGUAGCAGGCCCGAGUGAGCUGGACCUGAGUGUGCUAGCUGACAGCACCAGCCUCGCCGACGUUCCCUCCAGAUUUGACGAGCAGGCUAUCGAAGAGGAGGCAGAGGCGGCAGGGUACGGGGAACAUACGGCAGAAUGUUUGCCCAUGGAGAAGAGGAAACCAAAGGUCAUCUUCGUGAUCGGCGGCCCCGGCUCAGGCAAAGCCCUGCAGUGUGAGAAGAUGGAGGAGCGUUACGGUUUGAGGCGUCUCUGUCCCGGAGACAUGCUGUGCAGCGAGCUGCAGUCGCACAGCGAGCGGGGACGCUUCCUCCGAGACCUGCUCGAGAGCGGACGACAGCUUCCUGAGGACACGCUGCUGGAUCUGCUGUGUGAGUCGAUGGAGUCUACAGUACGACAGGGGAAAGGAUUCCUGGUCAGCGGCUUCCCGCGGGAUCUGAGACAGGCGGAGGACUAUGAGGCCAAGAUGGGCCAGCCCAGCGCCGUCCUACUGCUUGAUUGCUCAGCGUCCACCAUGACCAGACGUCUCCAGCAGAGAGCGCUGUCCAGCCUGCGCUCCACAGACGCCUGCCACAGAGAAGCCCGUCUCCGUGUGGAGAGCUUCUGCGGCACCGUGACUCCGGUCGCCACUCACUACGACACACUCGGGGUCCUGCACAAGAUUGAUGCAGAACAGCCCCCUGACGAUGUGUUCGAGCAGAUCUGCCUGGUCCUGGACCCCUGUUAAACACCAUGGAACUCUACAGAACAUCACACACCAUUAUCCUGCACUUAUACAUGGCUCAUCAGCAUCACUAGCAUCCACCCACCAUCAUCACGUAGGAAAAAUAACCUGGGAACAAGCUGUGACCUUGCGCUCAAUCUUUCACUCUGCUGUACAGAGCAUUCUGGUUCAAAUCUCCUGUGUUAACGCUAGCUCUCUGUAUGAAGUGCUUUAGCUCCACCUAGCAUGGACUGAGGGGGGUGCGAGAGGCGGUGCGUUAUUUCCUCUCUCUGUCUGUAUUCCGACAAACUCCGCCUCCUGUGUUAGACUGGCGAGCGAGUAUAAGCGACUGAGCUUUUAGGACGGAGGAAUACGAAGUCGGGUUUUGUGCUGCGCUCCAAACCAAAAAGUAUCAGAGUAUAUACUUGAUAUUUAUAUUUCUUUCUUCUAAUCUUUUUUUUUUUUUUUUUAGAUUUUUUUUCCCUUUACAGGACUCGGUUAAAAAUUAAAAAAAAAAAAAAAAGAAAGCUGAAUUUUAUUUUAUUUAAAAAAAAAAAAAAAAGAAGAAAAAAAAAAAAAAGUCUUAGCUUGCCAACCAAUCAGGAGAUCGAAUACAGAAUGAUGAUCAGAGGUGGGCGUGGUUUACGAUACUGUAAAACUGAUAGCCAAUCAUGAUGCAGGGGAUUUUUUUGUCGGAAUGCCAACAGAGGCAGUGAAAUGUAGCGUUGAACUUUUACAGCAGUGACAUUCAAAUUCACUGUGAGGAAUUUCAGCUCAACUUCUUAUAAUUUUAAUAUAAUCACGAAAGUUGAAAAUGAAAAAAAUAUAUUUUUUUUGAUCUUUAAAACUAUAAAUCAAUCGUUUAAACUACAAAACCUUUCCGAAAAAAACACGAAUGUUUUAUUACAGUCGUGAAAAAAAAAUCUGAUUCAUCUGAAAGAGACAAAUACGAAGAAAUGCGAACAUUAUUCAGUUAGCGUUAUCGGAGUUUAGGUUCAUGGAAAAUCGCUUUUCAGACUUUCUAGGUUCAGAUUUGUUGCGUAAUUUUAAACUGUUUGGGUGAUUCCAUGACUGGGGUGUGAUUUAGUCUUCGUAACGUUUCUUGGCGGAUGACGGCUGUAUUUUUUUUCUUAAACGAGUAAUUUUUUUUUUUUUAGCAUAGAAUUAGCAGAUACACAAAAUGUAGUUAACUAGCAUUCAUGAUAACAACACGAGGGCAUUAAGGACAUUCAAAUUUUUUCAAAAUUCGUGGACAUCACAAUAUCAUUAAAAAUAAAGAAAAAAAGAACGAGAGAAUGUAUUUUUCUUCUUCUCAUGAUCUUCAGGACAUUUCGGAUGAUCCAACAUUGUGGAAUAUUCCAAAUAUUUCACAGGGGGGGAAUAUGUUCGAAUGUUGUAGAACAUUAACAUGGACAUAUUUCAUCACCUAAAAUGGACGAGUCGUGGAAAAGCACAUUUCAAGCACGAUGUUACCCAUUACUGGGGGAAAAAAUAAAAAAAAAAGUAUACUUUGGAGUAUUUUAAUGAUUAUAUUUCAAGG